AUGACAGGACCUAGCACUAAAGAUGUUGAUAACAAAGCUGCUGAGCUGACAUCCAUGAUACAGAUGCUCACGGAUCUUCACAUAAAGGAAUCUGCAGAACAUGCUGCUGCUACAAAAAAGCAAUCUGAAGAGAUGGGCUUACUUAUUGCUUCCAUCAAUAAUCUGUCAGCAAGUAUUAAAAACCCUGUAAAUCCAACCUCACCUGAAUCUAAUCAUGGUUCUCACAACAAUAACCACAUACCACAAGAUUCUCAUUUCAAAACCCCAAAAAUUGAUUUUCCUAAAUUUAAUGGUGAUAAUCCUCGACGUUGGGUAUGCAAGUGUGAAAGAUUCAUUUACCUUAAAUCUGUUGCAGCUAAUCAACAAACGGAGGUAGCUGCUAUGUAUCUAGAGGGUAAAGCUGACUCAUGGUUUCAGGACUUCCAUACGGGUAAACCUUAUAUCUCUUGGUCUGAUUUUUCUUCAGCUCUAUGUGAACGUUUCGAAGAUCUGGAUCAAGAAUUUUGUGGAGAUUUAAGACUACUUCCACUUGGUGGUUGUGACAUAGUCUUAGGAGCAGAUUGUCUAAGCACUCUUGGAGAUGUCACAUUCAACUUAGCUAAACUCUCCAUCUCCUUCCUUCAUCAAAAUAAACUUAUUACUCUUCAAGAAUCUGCAUCUAAGCCUUCCAUCAUGAUGUUGAGUGGGAGUGCCAUGAAAAGAUUCUUAAAAAAGAAUACCCCUGCAUUAGUGGGCCAAUUUUUUCACAUUACAGCUACACCUACACCAACUGAUAUUCCAUCUGAAGUACUACCUCUUCUUGAUGAAUUCAAAGAUGUGUUUGCAGAACCCGCCCAACUUCCUCCUCAAAGAAAUAAAUUACGUGGUGUUGUCAUCUUUACUAUACUGUAUUUAAGAUCUGGUUACUACCAAAUCAGAAUGCACAUACCAGAUAUUUAUAAGCCAGCUUUCAGAACUCAUCAUGAGUACUAUGAAUUCAAGGUUAUGCCAUUUGGGUUAACAAAUGCACCUGCCACAUUUCAAGCAUUGAUGAAUUCAGUCUUUGGUCCUUAUCUCAGAAAAUUUGUGUUAGUUUUCUUUGAUGACAUACCUGUAUACAUCAAAAACCUUAAGGAGCAUAUUCAUAACUUAUCUUUGGUUCUUGCAUUACUUAGACAACAUCAUCUUUUUGCCAAGCUCUCUAAAUGCACCUUUGCACAAUCUUCUUUACAAUAUUUGGGUCACAUUAUUACUGCUCAAGGGGUAGCUGCUGACCCAGAAAAGAUCCAAUGUAUGCAAAAAUUGCCUAUCCCCACAACUUUGAAGCAAUUGAGAGGGUUUUUGGGCCUUACUGGCUACUACAGAAAUUCAUCAGAGGCUAUGGACCAUCUGCAAACCACUAACUGA